AUGCCUUCUCUCACGGCUCAUCCGUCCCUCUCUGCCUCCUGUCAGCAGGUCGUGCAUGAAGACUUGAGCGACCUCGCCAAUUCCAAAGUCAUCAUUCGAUCAUGCAUGGCACAUCCCGACCUGAGUCCGACAGUCACCAAUCACAAAUGCAACCAUGUCGUUCUCACUCCCUCGGGCCUGUAUGCAGACAUGGCAGUUGAGGUUGCGCACUACAUCUGGAAGCAUCACCGUGGCCGCGAUGCUGAAUUACCCGGAAUCAACGUCUGCGAUCUAGAAGUUCACAAGCCUCUGAUUGUCAAGGAUCCGGCAAAGAUGGACCAGCUUUGGCUUGAGAUGGAAGUGACAGCCUCGAUCUCGGAGUAUGCGCGACAAGACAUCACGAAUGCGGUCCUGAAAUGUGUCUUCCAUAGCAUUUCACCAGACGGCGCCAGACUUCAAGAGAACGGCCAUUGCAACGUUCGUUUCGAAUGGUAUUACGGCUGGCUGAGCGAGUGGUCCAACUCUGUCACUGGAAUUAAGAACUGCAUUGACUCGUUGUACGCAAGAGCCAGCAGCGAUGUAAUAGGACAGGUCUCCCUCGUGCAACGCAAGACCGCAUACAAACUCUUCGAGUCCUUCGUUCAGUACUCGGGCAAAUACCAAAACAUGGCCGAAGUCAUCUUCGACUCUGACACAUUGGAAGCCACCUCUCUGCUCGACUUUCAACCUGAUCCAACCGGCGACCUCUGCGGGCCAUACUACCUGGACGGCUCUUGCCAUCUCUCUGGAUUCGUUUGCAAUGCCGUGGAGAAAGACAAGGACAAAAACGCCUACAUUUCCCACGGUGUCACAGCGAUGAGACUCUCUCCAAUGUUCAGGCCCGAUGAGAAAAACAGCGAGAUCAGAAACUACGUGCGGAUGCAGCCUUUACCUACCGACAAGACUGUUCUGCAAGGCGACGUCUAUGUUCUUCAAGAUGGACAAAUCGUUGGGAUGUGGGAAGGCGUUCGAUUCAAGAGGAUACCUCGCAAGGUGCUAAAUGUCUUUCUCCCCCCACCACCGAAACCCGCAUAA